ACCACUGACAUCAAUGUAUAUGCUACACUUAGUUUUUGACAGUGUGGAAAACGGGGACUUGGUCGAAAUUUCUUUUGAAGGUCAAAACCAUUUGCAUUCUACUCGAACAAAUAGCAAUGAAGUUUAUGAAAUUCAUACCUCAUUUGUCAGUUCGCUUUUUCUUGGUGAGCGCAGUAUCACUGUCCAGAUGAUAAAAGCUGUGGCCGAUACAAAACUUCAACUCACGUUGGAUGUCAGUAAGAACGUCACACUUUCCAAUCAGACAGACGAUUGUGUCAUUGUUCGGCAGGUAUCACCAUUAGAAUUAAUGAUUACCAUCAAUGUCUUCGACAAAGAAAGUGGAAUCAAACAGAUUUACGUCGGCGCAGGGUCUACACGUGAAGGAUUUCAGAUCCACCCUCUUCUUCUUGUGCCGUCAUUGUCAAAUGUAAUUCUCUUCACAGAGGCUCCUCAUGGACAGGCGAUAUAUAUCACAGCGAUUGUAGAGAACCAUGCCGGAAUCCGGGGUCAUUUUCAUUCCCACGCUAUCAUUAUGGACCACACACCACCAAUAAUAUCAAACGCAGUGAUGAAUACGACUUACAUCAGUUUCGGAGAGGAUACAUUGACUACAGUAAGUGUUACCUGGGAAGUCAUUGAUGCUGAAAGUUCAUCUACACAUUGUUCUUGUGCCAUAGUUGUAAACAACUCAGUUAUUAUCGAAAGUGGAAUGAGAUUGUCGCUCCACCACUUCCAAACGCCAUAUCUUCCCUUGAUACAUGGUAGUAUGAUUUCGGCGGAAGUUACUUGUUCAAAUGACGCUGAUCUAAAGAAGAUUUUAUCUGUUGGACCUAAACUUAUAACUUAUUUCCCGCCGGACAUCAACAAUGCUGCAAUAUACGUCAACACGUUGGCCGAGACAUCAUCGGAAGUUCCCGUUAUCCCACCAGGUUCACCCUUGAUAUUUUCGUGGGGAGAAUUCGACGAUUCUUAUGGAAUCCAGACGUAUUCCUACCGUGUCCUCCAGGGUGAUCAGGUGACGAAAGAUUGGGAGGACACGGAGAUGCGGACCUACGUAUCGGUUGAGGACGUUAGCCUAAAAAACAACAAUUUGUAUAUCGUGGAGGUAACAGCGUGUAGCAAGGACGGGAUCUACAGCAAAGCCAUCAACGCAUCUGUUCUCGUCACAGGGGAUGCUCCUGUUCUUACAGGUCGACAUUCCAAAGUCACAAGAACUGGGGAAAAAAUCGAAAUAAUCUGGAGUGAUGUGUUUUCCGUACGGCCCGAACUCCUGCCAACAUAUGCCAUAAAACUCGGUUCACAAGAGGGACUUGUUGACAUCCUACGACAUAUUGAGACUAGAGAACAACGUCACGUGUUUCACAAUACGUACGACGGAAGUGACGUAUUUAUCGAUAUUACCUGUAAAUAUCAAACUGGGGCAUCGUCUGUAUUUCGAGAAAAACAAUCCUUAUCUUGAAUGUCAUGAUUUGUGAUCGCAAAUGGAAUUCAAAAUAACA